AUGGUGAUGCUCCAUAUCGCACAGCUUCUAAAAGCUGCUCAAGAACUCAAGGCAAGCAUCGACUGUAUGCUGGCUCGGUCGUAUGAACAGCUUCAAUCGCCUAACAUGGCUCAUUUCUGGUGGAAGAAAUGGAAUAUGCUGCCUUCAAAUGACCGUGGUGAUCCCACGAAACCUGACGCGCGCUGUUGGGAUGCCAUGGCAGAUCGGUUGUUUGACGCAGAGCUUUAUGUGUUUGCAGCCGACUUUUACGCUCAAGCACUGGCAGCCGACGUCGAAAAACAGAUCGAACCAUCCAACCGCUUUCGGUAUCGCUAUCUUCUGUCGCUGUUAGCAUUUUCUCGAAUCCCAACUCGCACCGCCUUCCGUGGAAAGGUAUCUGCACUUUCAUCCACGUCUCAGUCCCCAACGAGAAAGCCGCGUACCAGCGAUCGUAACCUCCAAAACGUGAAGCGUACGAAGCCUGCUAGAAGGACAGGAUCGAGCAACAAUGCAUCAUCUGCCGAAGAGAAUCAACAGUUUCAGGGUGACCAGAAGGUGUCUUUGAUCGAAGAACGCUGCGAAAAUGUCAAGCUCACCGCUUCUGCAAAGAAGUCCAGCGAAUUCGACGAGCUCUCACCGAUGAAACGAAGGACCAGCGUUGUCAAACGUCUUCGAGUCAAGCGCGCCGAGCGCCCUGCGUCUGCGGGUGUUGAGAAGAUUUCUAGCGAUGAAGAACAAACCCUCACUCAAUCCUCCAGUACGAGCUUGUUGGACAUAUACCCCCUCAACUUACCGAGAGCAGAUAACUUCAUCGCGACAUGUGGUCGAGAGCCUGGAUUUGCCGAUCUCGACUUGAACGAGGUGGGGGAGUUUGCUCGUCUGGCUCACUACCGAGCACGCGUUCUCACCGGCAAACAUGCUGCUGUGAAGAAUCUGGAUACAACUGAAGUGAAACCUCAAUGGCUGCAAGAUGUCGAACGAGCAGCGGCCUUCAUUAAAACUCAUUGGCAACGGAACUUGGUUAGUGGCAAAGUGGUAGUCGAGGGCGACUCGGCUGCUCAUUUGUCUGAGGUUCACACCCGCUUGGUGCUUAUGAUCACUAAUCUAUGUCGGCAAUAUACUCGCGACCAUGGCGAGACUUCAUUUACUCGACGACUACGAGUGGUAGCCAGAAAGUUGAUUGAAUGGAAGUUCACACGCAUCUCCGAGGUCAUCGCUGCUCUGAACGACGCCAAGACUGUCGCUAUACAUGAAGAGAAACAGAGAAAUCUCGAGUUUUACCACGUUCACCGCGGUUAG